UUUCUUAUAAUCAUAGGGGCUGUGGGUUAUAUACUUUAGAGAAAAAAGAAGUUUUUUUCCUAAGAAGAGAGAUCUUCUCGUAUUUUCAUUUCUAAAAAAGAGGGCUUUUAUAUUUUUUGGACUAGUUUAGAUAAUUGAGUGUUUUAUAAAAUUAAUUUAAGGUCAUUUUCUAUAUAUUAAAAAUUAAUUAAAAUGUUUUAAUUUUCAAGGCUUUUUGGAGAAUGAUCCGGGUGAGAAAUUUUAGACCAGUUUUGGGAAAUUUAAGCAAUUGUUUUUUCAGAGGAAUUUAAAAAUUAGUAAAUUAAAUCACUUUUGGACUCUUUUAAAAUUUGGAAUAGUAAUUUUUAUGAUUUUUCUUCGUUUUGUUAGUGUUUUUUUGGUAUUUUUUAUUACUAUUAUUAUAUAUUAGUUGAUGGUAAUUCUUCAAAAAUAGGUUCUUUUUCUAAAGUGGGUGAUUUUUUAGUUUUUUUUUAUGAAUUUUCAAUUGAAUUAUCUAAACUUAAAUUUGAUUCUUCUUCUGAAUUUUCGAACAUUUAUUUAUUAUUAUUAAUUAUUAACUACGAGUCUUUUUUUUUAUAAUUAAAAUUAUUUUUAAAUUCUUCUUAUUAUUCUUAAAUUUGAGAAUUUCCCAAAAUUAAGUUUUCGUUUAUAAUUUCUUCUUCCCCAUCAUCAUAUUAUAUAUCAUCAUCUUCUUCAUCGAAUUUGUCUUCUAUUUCUAUCUCAUUCAUUUCUUCCCCAAAUUCAUUCAUCUUCUCAUAUCUUUCUUCUUCAUCAAUACCUAAACUAACCGGGACUCCCCCUCUAAAAAUCUACUCCCUUUCUCGUGUUUUUAAAUAGAGAUUUAUUAAUUCAGCUGGCAUAUCUUAAUUAUCCUGACUAAAAAUUUAUUCGAAUUGAAACAAUUUAUCUUUAAAAGGACUUCUUUCUUUUAAAUAUUCUAUAUAUUAUUAGGAUUUCCUUUACAAUUGCCUCCUCUUUCUACACAAUCACAUGUUCCCAUAGAUUAUUCUUAAUAAUAAACAUCAUGUUUAUUAUGACAAACAUAUGCACACCAAGUACAUAUGACAUUAUUACUAUGAGCAAUACCACAUGUAUGGCAUUUAUAGAAAACUUAAGAUACUGAUAUUUGGUUAUAUUUUAUUAAAGUACAUUAUAGGUCUUGG